AGGCGGCCCUGGACGAGCAGUUUGAAGCGCAGAGGACGGUGUUCAUCCAAUGCGACGUUACAGAUCAGGAGCAGCUGAAAGCUGCCCAGCUCUUGUUCUGAUGACAAGAUGAUGACUGAGAUGGACUUGCAGCAUUCAGGCAAAGAAAAGGCUGUAGCAGUACCGACCAUCUGGUGCAAGGAAAAAACUUUGUAAGCCCCUGCAACUGCUGCAAAAAGGUACAUGUCUCAAAGCUGCUGUUAUGAUCCUGGUUGACACUAAUAGCCAAAGAGUAAAGAUCAGAGAAAUAAGAUGGUCCUGGGAUUACCUUUUAAUGAAGUGGUUUCAUUAAGGCCUGUCAAGCAUAAUUUCAGUGUACUUGAAAUACUCUAAGAUUGGGGGUUUUUUCCAGUCACCAAAGGAUAAUUUUUAAAACAAUACAGGGCAGGGCGACAGACAUCUUGGUUAACAUAAAUAUUUAGUGAUAAGGAACAAUAUUUGGAGGGAAAAACAAAAAAGCUAUAUAUACAUGUCAGAUAAUGUCUGCAGUCGUGGAAAAUCUUAGUCUGGAAUGAACAUCUGGAGGUCAUCUCAUCCAACUAUCCUGUCAAAGCAGAGCCAGCCUAGAUGAGCUUGCUCAUCACUAUGACAUCAUCAUGUUUUUCCAUACACAUCUUUUCUCUUAGUUCAAACACUGUCACCUGGGAGAACACAAUGUCACUGUGGAAGUUUCCCAGUUCUUUAUUUUGAAAUUCUUUGGAAGAUGGGUCACUAUUUUCAUCUGCAGAAGGAAGAAGAUUUGAAUUUGAAAAACAUUAUUAAAGUUACCGAACAAGUAAAGGUGCUUUCAAAAAAGUAAUUGAACAUUUUGGAAGGCUGGAUAUUGUGGUUAAUAAUGCUGGAGUGAACAAUGAGAAGGACUGGGAAAGCACUAUACAAAUUAACUUGACAUCUGUGAUUAGAGGAACCUACCUUGGCCUAGAAUACAUGAGAAAAGGAAAUGGAGGUGAUGGAGGAGUAAUCAUUAAUAUUUCAUCCUUGGCAGGACUCAUGCCUGCUGCAUUCCAACCUGUGUAUUGUGCUACAAAGCAUGGUGUAAUUGGAUUCACACGGUCAAUAGCAUUAGCUGCUAAUAUGGAAAACUAUGGUGUGAGACUCAACACAAUUUGUCCAGGAUUUGUCAACACACCAAUUCUUCAGUCAAUAGAUAAAGAAGAGAAUAUGGGACAAUAUUAUUCAUAUAAGGAUGAGAUAAAAAAUAUGAUGCGGUUCUAUGGCGUGAUGGACCCAUCAAUAAUAGCUGAGGGACUGAUAACAAUUAUUGAAGAUGAUACUCUAAAUGGAGAAGUUAUGAAGAUUACAGCAUCCCAAGGGAUUCAUUUUCAACAAUACAGCCAAACACCUUUUACAUCAAAGAGAUAAUUGGUUUAUGCUUAUUAUUUUGGGCUUUUCUUAAAUAUAGAAAAUUUUGGAGAGUAAUUUUUGGAAAAAAUGGUUAGUGUUCUAUCUAGAGCAGUGACAGUGUUCAAACAUUGGCAUCCUAAUAACAAAGCGAUGGACAAGAAAAUCUGCCGUGGGCAGAUGUUCCCAUCCUAUUUUAAUAUUAUAAGCACUAAUACUAGUAUUUAUUCAGUAGAAUAAACACACUGCUCUGAAGAUUUUUGAUUAUAUAGUAAUAGAGGCCAGUUUUUUUCCCUUCUGAUAGUUCUGAUCCACAUACUCCAAGUGUAUUUUGGUGGACCCGACUUACUUCAUAUAAUUCUUUUCAGUCAUAAGUGUCUACUUAUUUAUAUCUUGAAUUCUUCAAACUGCGAUUCAGUUCAGGAACCUAGAACACAAAUAUACCUAUAAUGAGUUAAGAAUUUACUUUUUCUUAUGAAAUGUAAAAUAAAACACAAGGCAAAAUUUCUUUUCCUCAUUUAUAUAUGCAACCAAAUAUGUUGCAUAUCACACAAAAAACUACAGAUUUUUAUCUUCUUAGAUUUUAACUAUUUAUAAAACAGUUCAGUAAUAUUUUUGUUUUCUUUCAUAGAUAUAUACAUAUGAAUUUUCUCUUUCUGUAUAUACAAGGAUGAAUACUUCGGCAUUGAUUGAAAUGUCUACUUACUCAUUAAAUCUCAUUUUAUAAAAGUUUAAAUCUAAUUUCUUGCCUGGAUUGAUUAAAACAUCAAUUAAAUCCUGAAUAAUCCCAUUUUUUCAUGUUUCACACAUAUCCAUUUUGGUAUCAUGAUACAUAUUCUUAGAUGCAACAUGUCAUAUAGUGGCAAUGAAAAUAAAAAAUAAGUUUCCUAUCUCCUGAGCAUCACUGGACCUUUUGAAUCAGGAUCAAUCCCCAGCUACAUUUAUGAAACAAACCUUGAUACUCCAUGGGUUACAUGCCUGGUAAAAAUAAAUUUACAUGGUAAUUUAUUAGGCUCAUAACUCCUGGGAAAGCUGGCAAAAUUUAAUACUUAUCCUUCUUAGGAGUAUUGACUUCAAUUUCACUGAUGGAAGCACUGUUUUUUUCAGCAUUGUAACUGAAAAAGUGGGAUCGCUGAUAUUUACCUUCUAUGAAACUCCGAGAGUAAUAAGACUGUGGGGAAAAGAAAAGAAGCAGACACACAUACCAUUAAUUACUCAUCAUUCUCCCCCCACCUCUAUUUGUCACGACGUUAACACUAUUUUUAAUGCCUAUUUUGAAUGCAUGCAUGAUGCUAGCUACACCACCAGUACCCCUGAAAGCAUCUGUAUAUCCCUCUGGACGAACAACUACUCUCUAAUUUGAUUGUAUCAAUUUCUACUUUUGUCUCAUUAAAAUCAAAGCUUUUCCUAAUA